AUGGGGGCGUGGUGCCAGGCCACCCGCGGGGGCCACCUGGCGUCGUUGCACAGCCCCGAGGAGCACCGGGCGCUCGCCGCCUUCCUCGCCCGGCGGCCGCGGCGGGGAGAGGACGACGAGGAGGGGGAGAAGGAGCGGGAGCGGGAGAGGGAGAGGGAGAAGGAGGAGAACGUCUGGAUCGGGCUGCACCGGCGGCGCCAGGGCUGGCUCUGGGCUGACGGGUCCCCGCGGCACUACUGGGCCUGGGAGGGGGACGAUGGCCCCAAGGGACAUCCCUGCAUCGCCCUGGAGGACUCGGCAGGGUUCAUGGCCUGGGAGGGCGAGGCCUGUGGGGAGCGCAAGCCCUUCAUCUGCAAAUACCCGGCCUAGGGGGGGCC